CGGAUCUAAACCUCUAACAAUAGUCGCUGGAUCGACGUACCAAGAGGUUCGACAAGAUGAUGCAGUACCUCGUUCUUCUUUCGGCAAUUCUGAACGUAGUUUUCUGUGCGCCGCAAUGGUACGGAGGUGGGCAUCCUGGAGCCUAUGGUGGCCACGCGGCGCCUGCACCACUGGGACCUGAUGGAAGAGUGGUCGACACGCCGGAAGUGGCGCAAUUAAAGGCAGCGCAUUUGGCAGCUCUAGCUGACGCCAAUGCCAGAGCACCCAAGGGUCUGGGCCCUGCUGGUCCUUACUCCGGACCUGCUGGUCCCUACGCACCUUCAAACUACGCGCAGUACAGUGGACCACCAGCACCUCUGGGACCGGAUGGUCGAGUGGUAGACACUGCGGAAGUGCAACAAGCCAAGGCCGUCCAUUUCUCCCUGUACAACGCAGAAGCACAACGAGCGCCAACGGCUCCAGCUGGUCCACCUCUACCACCUCCUCAUAACCCUUCGUGGAACCCUGCGGGUGGCUACAACCCUUCCAAUCCAUGGGGUUAGGCAAACAAUUGGAGUUAUUGCAACGCAUCGACCAUGAAAACCACGAACGACGUAACAAAACAGGUUUCAUUCCUUCAUUCCGAACGAUGCUUUGAAAGCAUCCUUUCCACGCAUCGUGUUCGAUCUACCUCUAAAUGCCAAGUCUGCCAAAAAAUCGACGCAACGAUUCCUCUAUUCCUUCGCCCUCCAAAAUCGACGCGUCGAUUUUUCUCUUCCCUUUCUCUUCGAAAUGGAAAUGAUAAUAUGCAUUGGAAAAUUAACAUGAUUUUCCAAUUUCCUUUAUCUACCUCCAUUUCAAAGCUUCGCUAUUCUUUCGAACAUAUUUUCCUCCCAUGCGAUUGCUCGGCUGUGAUUUGCAAUCGCGUUCCAACUACCUCCUCUCGGGUUUGAACUCUGUCCCACGGAUUGCUUGUCUUCGACACGCUCUUUUCUUUAGAAAAAUAUACUUUCAUUUCGAAAUCGA